UCUCUUACACUUUAUAUGUCCCAUGUGCAUCUUCUCCUAGUAACAUGGUGGCCAUCGUUACCGCGGAAACGGUGGUGUAUUGGUGAUGCCUCCAGGGGUAUAUAUACACCGAGCGCUGCGGGGCUUGAUAAACACUUGCCCAUCAGCGAUUACUGCUGCAGCAUGUAUACGUCAUUGGUAGCCAUUAUUACAUUGGCAGCAUACGCUGCGGCAGCUCCAGCUCCAGCGGAUGAGCCAAUACCAAUAGUCAGCCAAAGUCAAGAGGGUCCGAAUCCAGAUGGAUCGUACAAGUGGAGUUACGAGAGCGGAAAUGGUAUCAAGGCCGAAGAACAAGGACAAGUUAAGAAUGCUGGUUCUGAAAACGAAGCAAUGGAAGCUCAAGGUGCAUUCAGUUAUCCAAGCGACGACGGACAACAAAUAUCUUUGACUUAUACCGCUGAUGAAAAUGGAUUCCAACCAGUUGGUGCUCAUCUUCCCGUACCACCGGAAGUUCCAGCUCUUAUACAAAAAGCACUCGAAUGGAUAGCAGCACAUCCCUCUAAGGAAGACGAAAACAAUCGUGUUUAAAAUAUUAUCAUGACAACAUACAUCAGACAACCAUAUUACCGGCAGUGUGAUCUCACCAAGCUCUUUUGUUUUUUUUUUUAUUUUAUUAUUAA